CUUAAAUACAACUAAUAAAAAUAAUUAUAAAAAAUAAUUUAAAAAACAUGAAUAAUAGUAACAAUAAUUUUACAAAUAAUAAUGAUAUCAGUAUAGAAAAUAUAACAAAUAAUAAUUUUUUUAUUAAUCAAGAAUUAAAAGAAGAAAAAGAAAUAAUAGACAAUAUUAUUAUAGUAUUGAAAAAAUUAAUAAAACUAAAGAAAUUUGAUCCAUUGUUAUUAAAAAAAAAAAUAAACACUGAUUUUAUUGAAAAAGAAAUACUAGAUUAUGAAACAGUUAAAGAAUUAUAUGGUAUUCAGUUAUUUUAUACAACAAAUGAAACGCUAUUUGAACAGGCAUUUAAUGAAAUAAUAUUUUCACCAAUUUUACAGUCUUUAAUAUUAAUAUCAGGAAUAAUGGUCAAUAACAAUUUGGGUGAACCAAUCAACUACUAUUCAAAAGAAAUUUUCAAAGAUGAAAGGAUAUAUUUUAACUAUAAAAAGCCAAGAGAUGGGUUAAUGAAAAAAGCAAUCGAAGAAAUUUAUUUAAAUGAUUUAGAAGCCAUAGUAGAUAUUUUAGAAAUAUUUCAAAGUAACAAGAAUAGUUUAACUAGAUCUCAAGUAGAUAAAGCAAUGUACAACUAUAUUGUUAUGGCCAAGUUUUAUGGAGGAAAUAUUUUUCUCAGCGACUUAAAAGAAAAAGGAUGGGAAUUUAAUGAAAAAAAUGAAUAUCCAACUUUGGAAAAAAUCCAAACCCUUAGAAAGUUACAACUUAUUGGUCAAUACUCGAAACUUUUCCACCCAUUUGUUUUGCUUAACUGUGGUUCAGAAGUAUUAUUUCCAUUAUUACAAUAUAAAAACAUAAGAAAUAUAAUAUCAAUUUUGUCAGCAAAAGACUUAACAAUGCUAAUGAGCCAAAGCCACCAAUUUUACAACAACUUAAACAACGAUAUAAAAGAAACUAUCGAAAUUUUGAAAAUUGUUUAUGAAUCAAAAAUUAAUAUAGAAGACACUACAUGGGAAAAAAUUUCAAAGAUUACUUUUUAUAUAGACAAGGAUCAACAAAAAGUAUUUAAUGGCUUAAAAGAAUUUGAAAAUCUAUUUCCCAACACCACUAAAAUUACAAAUAAUACAAACUCUAAUAAAGAACCCUCAACAACCAUAAAACUACCAAAACUAAAUCAAAUUCCCCAGGAUGAUAACAAUCCAGAAAGAAUUCAAUACAAUGAAUAUAAGAAGCAAAUUAAGCAAUGCUCAAGCGAGAAUCAUCGUGAUAUUAAAGAUAUUUCAAAUAAAAAGAAAGAAUUAAAAGAAAAAAUUAUCUAUGGGUAUUUAUUAAACAAUCUUUUAAUAAAUAAAGAAGAUUUAAUCAACCUAAAGUUUCAAAGUGAUCAAGAAAUAUUAAAAACCUAUACCAAUAAAUUUUCUAAAAAAUAUAAAAAAUUUAUUGAAGAGAACAAAACCAAAUUUUCAACCUUAAACAACAUUAUAUCAUCUGAAGAGGCAAAUAAAGAUUAUGAUUGGGAUAAUGAACCAACAACUUUAGAACUCUUAUUUCAUAGUAAUCAUAAAAUCAAUAUAAAAACAUUACAAGAUAAAUACAAAUAUCGUUAUGAUAAGCUAAUCAAUAUUUCGCAGAUAAUCGAAUUAUUAAAGCAAUUUACAAAUAUCAAAGCCACAUUCCAACUUUUAGUAUUUAGAAAAACCCUAUCAAACUAUAUAAAUGAAAGCGAAAGACAAAUAUUUAACCAGUGGCCCAAUAGAUUUAUCGAAAACUAUCAAAGCAAGUAUCAAAUUCAAAGAUUCCAACUACCAUUAUUUCAAAGUCAGCAAGACCUUAGUGAUCAUCUCAACUACUACAUAGAAAACUCCAAACACUCUGUGAAGUGUGAAAUCAAUAAUUUAGAAACCAAUUUUAUAGAAGAGAUAAAAGCCAAACCAGAAAUCAUUGAAAAACUAAAACAAUUGCACUUCUCAAUAGAAAACAAUUGGUUGGGAUUAUUUGAAAUAAGAAAAAAUAUCAAUUUGUGUCAAAAGAAAGUUACUUUAAUAAAUGAAUCCCAAUGGCUUGAAGAUGGUAUAGAAGAGAUUAAAUCAAUUGUUAAUCAAGAAGAUUUAAACUGUGUGGAAUUUUUAGUAUAUCUUUGUUAUGAAGCCAUUAUAGAUGAACUCGAUUUCAAAGAGUUUAAACCAUUUUCAAAAUCUCUUCAAACCAUAAAGAACUAUUUCUCACACUCAUCCCUAAACUACAAUUCAUUAUUUCCACUAGAUAACCUAAAGCCAUUGGGAGCUAACCAAAGCAAUCGUAUAUCAAAAUCAAUUGCAAUUCUAUUACAAUUAAAUUAUUUAAUUGAACCAUCAAUUAAAAUUUUAAAAACCAAUUUAAAUUUAUAGAAAUAAAAAAAUAAACACAAAAAAUAAUAAAUUAUUUUUAUAGAUUUUUAAAUAUUAUUAUU